AUGUCAAAUAAGAGUCUCCAGCAGGGGCCUGGCUCUCAUUCGCCGAUUGCUGCUGCUAUCCAGCGCACCGAGCCGCCCGGCGGCUUUCCCGACCCCGAGGGGAAGCCGAUCAAGGUUCCUGACAAGGGUGUAGAGAUCGCCGAGAAAGACUCAUUGGGCAAUCGAGAUGUUUCAAUUGAUGGUGGAUCCAUGAAUCCGACUUAUGACCACACUUGGCGUAAGCUGAAACCCCGUCAUCUUCAAUUGAUUGGCAUCGGUGGUACGAUUGGCACGGCAUUGUACGUGCAAAUCGGUUCCAACCUGCGUACCAGCGGCCCCGCAAGCUUGUUUCUCGGAUUUAGUAUUUGGAGUUGUGUGAUCUUGAUCAUUACCGUUUGUCUUGCAGAGAUGGUCACCUACCUACCCAUCUCCUCACCAUUCAUUCGAUUUGCGGGCCGUUAUGUUGACGAGGCUCUCGGCGUCGCGGCAGGGUACAAUUUCUUCAUUUUCGAAGCUGCGCUUGUCCCUUUCGAAAUUGUGGCAGUCAGCCUGAUCGUCAAUUACUGGACAAGUGCAAUUCCAGUUGCAGCGAUGAACGUAAUCGUUCUCGUACUAUACACUGCGCUCAACGUUUUCGCCGUCCAGUGGUACGGCGAAGCAGAAUUCUGGCUAUCCCUGGGCAAAGUACUGCUCAGUGUCGGUCUGAUUUUCUACACCUUCAUUGUGAUGCUCGGUGGCAAUCCACUCGGGGACCGAUUUGGUUUCAGGUACUGGAAUGAGCCUGGCGCUUUCGCAGAAUACUAUAAAGAAGGGGACAUGGGCAAGUUCCUCGGCUUUUUGUCUGCGCUUAUCGCGGCCAGCUUUACUAUCGCCGGCCCGGACUAUGUGUCUAUGGCUGCGGGUGAAACAAUCAACCCGCGCGUGGUGCUGCCCAAAGCAUAUAACGGUGUGUUCUAUCGGCUGACGGCAUUCUUUGUGCUGGGUGUCCUCUGUGUCGGCAUUUUGGUCCCGUACAACGACAAGACUAUGGCCGAGGCUUUUGAUAACGACAGGCCUGGCGCUGCGGCCUCGCCUUAUGUUGUCUCUAUGGAUAGAUUGCACAUUCCUAUCCUGCCGCACAUCGUCAAUGCCGUCGUUCUUACUGCUUCUUUCAGCGCAGGCAAUAGCUAUGUCUACUGUGCCAGCCGCAGUCUGUACGGUCUUGCGCUUGAGGGCAAAGCGCCGCUGUUCUUGGCGAAAUGCACAAAGAAGGGUGUGCCAAUCUACUGCGUUGCUGUGGUGCUGUUGAUUGCGUUAUUGAGCUUUCUUCAAGUGUCCAAUGGUGCGUCUGUAGUUCUGAGCUGGUUCGUCAAUCUAGUCACUGCCUCGCAGCUAAUCAACUUCUCCGUUGUCACAUUCACCUAUAUUCGAUUCAAGAAAGCCCUCGAUGCGCAAGGUGUUUCUCGCCGUGCCCUGCCAUACCGUAGCUGGUUCCAGCCCUAUAUUGCCUAUGUUGCUUGCACUGCCACCACUAUCAUGGCCUUUGUCGGCGGUUAUACGGUUUUCUUACCUGGUCACUGGUCCGUUCCCACGUUUCUCUUCUCAUACACCAUGAUCGGUCUGUUUCCAGUACUCUACUUUGGAUGGAAGAUCUGCCAUAAGACCAAAUUUUUGAAGCCGGAAGAGGUGGAUCUGGUUUCUGGCUUGGCGGAGAUCGAGGAGUAUACUAGGGACUUUGUCCCUGUUCCACCGAAGAGUAUUGUCCACAAGUAUGCCAACAUGCUGUUCGAGUAA